GAUCGUCUUCAUCAGUAACAAAACGACAUUUACUAAAUUACCCCUUAUGAAAGCUUAAAGCCCUUACCCUCGCCGCCGAGCCUGAUAUCCCCGUUCAUCUACAAAAACCCCUUCCUUAUACGGCGGUGAUUAUGGCUUAUCUACAAUACGGAAGAAAUGCGAUGCGGAAGAGCACGAUGCACCACCCGCUGCUGUUCGCCGCUCAAGGCGUUCGUUAUCGGAAGCUGGAAGUUAUCCUGACGACUACGAUUGAUAAGCUCGGAAAAGCUGGUGAAACUGUCAAGGUUGCGCCAGGGUUUUUCCGGAAUCAUUUGAUGCCGAAAUUGCUCGCUGUACCGAAUAUCGACAAGUUUGCGCAUCUCAUUCAUGAGCAGCGCAAGAUCUACCAGCCUAAGGAGGUUGAAACGGUUAAAGUAGUUGUAAAGAGUGAUGAAACAAAGACUAAAGAGUAUGUGGCUGCAGCAAACCGCCUUGCUAAAACCAGAGUGAAUAUACGGAAGUUCAUCAUAGAGGGAAAAGGAGAUGAAUUGCGUGAACCAGUAACCAAGGAAGAAGUCUUGGCUGAGAUAGCGAGGCAGCUUCAGGUGCAUAUUGAACCUGAAAAUCUGCACCUGCCGACUCCAUUGUCGACUGUAGGGGAGCAUAAGGUGCCACUCCGGUUGCCGAAAUCCAUUCCUAAACCAGCAGGAGAAGAUUGGAUUCUCAAUAUCAAAAUCAGGAAAAGAUAAAAAGGAGGACCAGAUGUUAUCUGCAGUUGAAUGCUUCAAGUUGUCAGAUGUAGCAGAUUAGUCAUUUGAUGCCAUUUUUUUUUUGUCUUGCAUUUUUGGGCACAGACAAGUUUAUGUCUCGUUGAUGUGAACCUUAAACACUUUUGCAAGAUCUUUUUCCAGAAAAACGAUUUUCCCAUUUGCUUA